AACAAUCGAUUCAGACAUUGACGUGAGAACAUUGAAUGAGUGACAUGCAACUGCAAGAUGAGAUCCAAAGUCACGUAGGCGUAUAGAAUGUAAAGAUGAUUGAUUCAUUUUUUAGAUUCGAAAAAUGUUGAGGACAUUUUUGACGGGAUUGGUGGUUUUGGAAGAUUUCAAGUUUGUAUUCUCGUUGCUCUCUUGAUGUUCGAAGUUCCGGCAGCAUUUACCAUAUUUUCGCCAAUAAUUUCAGGUGCGACUCCGAAAGAGUGGACAUGUGACGAAAUCAGGAUCCCUUUUGAAGAUAUUUGUCUCUGUAAUGGGACUCUGACAUCGUCAAAGUCUAGCAUAGUUGUCGAGUGGAAUUUGGUUUGCGAAUUUGCAUGGGUUUCCGACUUCUCAACAUCAAUGCACAUGUUGGGGAUGCUGUUUGGAAACUUUGCAACGGGACUUUGUGCAGAUUGGUAUGGGAGGCGUUGGACUUUGCUGGGAACGAUAAUUUUUCUUCUUACGGGAACCUUGAUUUCCGGUCUGUCGCCAAACUUGUAUUUAUACAUUGUGGCCAGAUUCAUAUGCGGGAUGGGAUAUUCGGGUUACGCUUCCUUAUCGAUGACUUACGCCAUGGAAUUCUUGACGCCCAAAUGGCGCAGCGUUUGUGUGAGUUUCGGUCCGUUUGGCGAAGGAAUAAUGCUGCUCGGCGUGAUCGGCUACUAUUUUCAGGAUUCAUGGAGGACAAUUUAUCUCGUUACGGCGAUUCCAUAUUUCGCAAUUUUUGCGAUAUUUCCAUUCCUUCCCGAGAGCCCGAGAUGGCUUUUGAAGAACGGGCAGAUUCCCGAAGCAGUCACGGUUUUUCGACAAAUCGCUAAAAUAAAUCGACACGAGGAUUGGAAACUUAGUGAAGAAAAUUUUAUUUCCGAGUCUAAAAAUAAUUCGGCGUCGCCUCCGGCGGGAAGCAUGUCGUAUGUAGAAUUUUUUAAGAAUGCCGCCAUGCGUCGGACUACACUUUGUCUGGUUGCGGUUUGGUGCACCUGGGUCAUUAUGUACUUCGGGAUUAGUUUUAACUUCAAAAAUAUCGGGGGAGACGCUUACUUAAAUAUUGUAUUUUUGGGGCUAUGUGACACAUUGGCGUAUCCGAUCGCUUAUCUGAUUGGUUUAAGAUUAAACCGGCGCAAUUUGGUCGCCCUAUUCAUGUCUGGAUCCGCCCUGUUUUUAAUCUCUCUCGCAAUCUUGACCAUUUUCAAGGACGAUUUUGUUAUCGAUAUUUCAAACAUAACGCAGAGUUUGCUUCUGCUUGCGAAAUUCUGUUCGGCCGGGAGUCGGUCUUCCAUCCGACUUUUUACUGGCGAAUCAUUCCCUACGCCGGUGAGAAAUAUGGGAUAUGGAAUUGUAGGCGUGGCCGCGUCAUGUGUAGGACUCCUUGCACCUCAAUUAGCAUAUCUAGGUUCAACAAGUCCAUCCUUGCCAUUGUUUAUCUUUGCGGGAUGCAGCCUAAUCGGGGCGGGAGUUUCGUUCCUCCUCAGAGAAACGAAGGGACAACCGUUAAAUGAGGAUGUUCAGGAAAAUAAGGCCAAGGCGAACAAAUAAAUUAAGCUGGAUAAAAAGUUGUUUGUUUUUUAUUGACUACAUUGUAGAAUAAACCACUAUAAGUAAAAGAUG